CAAAAGCAGUCUAAAAUACCAAUAAAAUAAUGUAGAAAAUAUAUAAAUUGACUUCUAGCAUGAAACUUAAUCUCAGAAUGUAAGAUUGAACAAGUGAAGUUUAAGUUCAUUAAACCAGAUCAAGUACCAAAUCUACUACCAAACUUAACAACUCCGACUCAAAGUCCCUGAAAUCGAGUUUCUGGAGGUUUUGUUGAAAGUCCCUGCUUAAAAUCUGGAACAUCAGAAGUUAACCGGACAUUACCGUAGGUAUACUGUCAUAUUGAAUGGGAAACUGGACAAGGUCUUCAAAAACAGUCUUAAUAUAACUUGAAAAAUUACAGUUUUGGGAGUUCUUGAAAAAUCAGAAUUUGCAAAUGAUGCUACUGCAAAAGCACAUAACGUAGAAGUAAAACAAAUUGAAAAAGUAAAAAUAUAGGAUUUUUAAAACAAAAAAGCGCAGCGCCAGAAACAAUUAAGUGUGAACAUGCGUUUGAUAAACACAGGAACUCUAUUAUGAGCUUAAAGCUAAGAUUUGGCAUAAUUAAAAAGAAAACCAGGGUAAGGGUUCAUGACGAAUUUCAUGCUAGUCUUUUUCUGUUAUCUUUAUCAUAAAACGGAGAAACGUCAACUCACUGAAAUAAAUAAACCAAUAAACAAAUAUUUUCACGCUAGAUAAUUUUCAAUGCAGUAGCAUGAAUAACAUUUGCUGCUUAAUUCCUUGCUUUUAUAUGCAUGGUACUGUACUGUUGUAAAUCCUUAUUACUCAUUAUUCAAUAUAUAAAUGUGCUGACGUACAACGUUACAGUUAAAUAAGCAGGGGGUCAUGUUCUUAUACAGCGCCUGUUAAAAGAGUCUAUAAUACUGGGAAUUUCCCAUCGUUAUACGACCUUUUCUGCGUAUUGUUAAUGCAGGUUGGAAAAAUCAUCAAUAAUUGUAAUAAACUAGAAUUUAAUGAACGACGGACCAGGACACAACACUUGUCUUUUGUACAAUGUAUAGACGUAAACGUAAACAUAGUGAUGAUACGAGUAGGCAUAGGUUUAUGCCUCGUUCAUCGCACCCAGUAUCAUUGAGUGAUGUGCUCGCAGUUCUCUGUCCACGCAAGUCGAGGAGUCUGAGACGCCUAGUUAAAUACCUUCACGAAACAGGCUACAAUACUGAUGAGGUUGAACUUGAGAAAUUACUCAGCAGAUAUCCAACAAAAGUAAAGCUGACCAAGGAUGGAGAAAGUACAAUUUGCGAGUAUUGUUUCGAUAUUAAAGUUUGUACGAAAUCUUACGAUAUUUUAUUUGACACUUGUGUUCUUGGAUCGAGUUGCAAGAGUGUUCAUAUCUGUACGUUCUUUUUGAGUGGGCGGUGUUCGAAAGGCACACAAUGCAACUUUCUUCACGAUCUCUCAUCUCCAAGUAACACUGCUUUCCUACGUCAGCAUAGUUUGGACAAGGUUGACCCACAAUGCAUUUUGUCCCAAAUGUGCUUCAAUCAAGGCGACCUCAAUAUUUGCACAUAUUACAAUAGUGUGCGUGGUUGUAGGAGACACGAUGAUUGCAACUUUCUCCACAUUUGUAUGUCAUAUAUUAAAGAAACGUGUCUGCCGUCUUGUAAGUAUAACCACGAUGUGUUCAAGACCAAUUGUACGAGAGUUUUGGAGUCCCAUGGAAUCUCUAUGGAUCGGACAGCAAGAUCAAUUUUACGCAAACUAAGAGAUAAAAUACAAACGUCUAGUAAUGCACCAGCCAAUCCAUCAUCAUCAACGGAGAAUUACAGGCCUAGUACAUCUAGUUACAAUAAUGAAGAAGGCUUUUCCGAUCUUGUCCUUUGCACAUAUUACAAUACUAAGCGGGGUUGUAAGAGAUCUAGUGAUUGUAAAUUUCUCCACAUGUGUAGGUCGUAUAUAAAUAAAAAAUGUCCGUCUUCUUGUAAAUAUAACCAUGACGUGUUUACCCCUAACUGUAAGAAGGUUUUGAAAAAUCACGGUAUCUUUAUGGAGCAGCCGGCGAAAGCAAUUCUACGCGAAUUGAAAGACAAGUUGGAAAUGUCUAGUGCCACACCAGUCAGACUGCAACCAUCAAGGCAAGAAAGUGUCUCAUCCCGUCCUAUGACAAAAGGAGAAAUUUGUACUUACAACAUUCGUGGUAAAUGUAAUUAUGGUGAACGUUGUAUACGGGAGCACUACGGGUUACCGUAUCGGUGGUUAUACAAGUUGAAGGAUGACGAGGACGCUGUUUGGAAUCCAUUCACUGAUGAGGAGCAGACACAACUGGAAGAACAAUAUUGUGAUGUCUCCAAAGAUAGUAUUGAAGUUGUCAAUGGAGAACGAUUCGCCGAGGAUGAUUCAAAUAAUUCGAUUGCAGUGUUGCAUUUUGGAAAUAUGGAAAUAUCAAACUGCGAAGUUGUUCGUAAAUCAACAGCAUCUAGUGUAACUGAACCGCCAAAUCAUCCUUUCACAACCGAAUGGAUGUGGUACUGGGAAGAUAAUGACCCUGCCGGUGGUGGUAAAUUAUGGAGACCAUAUGGACAGAAGAACUCAGACGGCAAUGCCAAAGCUGAUAAAGAUAGCCACGAAUUGGAAGAAAGUUAUCAGCAGUUUAUAGAGGAUUCCAAACUGUCAACUGCUAACUUUAAUACUGGGGCGAAUAGCUAUACCCUGGACUUCGGAACGAUGCAGCAAAAUAGUGAAACUUAUACAACCAUCAGAGAGGUCCGUCGUCGCCCCAAGGAAGUCGUCACGACCCUCUAUAUUUCAAACUACAAGAAAGAAAUUCAGUUAAAUCGAGCUAAAGGUGUUAGCAUGCAUACCAGUAGUAGCGAUGGAUCAUCUACAACCUUUCCUGAUACCUGGGAGAAGACAGACGGAAAUAAGUUAGACCCGGAUGCUACGUUUCAGCUGUUUGAUGUUAAAAGUGGCAGUACAGAAUACAAUGACAUACAGCGUUUAUUCAGUGCUACGUGUCCAAACAAAAUCCUGAAGAUACAACGGGUGCAGAAUGAAGAACUGUGGGAAGACUAUGCCAGAAAACGAGAAAGAAUGAAAAAGAAGACAAAAACCGUUGAUGUUUCUGUAAAUGAAAAACGACUUUGGCACGGGACAAGAGAGUACCACGUGAAUGCUAUCUGCCAACAGAACUUUGACUUCCGAUGCAGUGGAUCAAGCUCUGGUACAGCUUAUGGACAAGGAAGCUAUUUCGCCCGCGAUGCGAGUUAUUCGACAGGUUAUGCGAUAGCUGCAAGCUCCGGCCGGCGGUUUAUGUUUCUUGCAAAGGUUUUAGUUGGUGAUUAUACCGUUGGAAACCCAACACACAGACGACCUCCAGAAAAGAUCGUGGCGAGUGGACAAAUAAAGAUUCUGUAUGAUUCUUGUGUAAAUCAAUUUCUUAAUCCAAGCAUAUUUGUUAUUUUUGAUAAGGAUCAGAUGUACCCGGAAUAUCUAAUCGAAUAUUAAUUCAACAAUGUGCUUUAUUACCGCCGAAGGCCGUUACCGUAUGUAAUAACUCGCUAUCUGUCUCCUUAGCAGGAUUACUCAACAAAUAUAGAGGAAUGGAUCAUCAUAACAUUUAGUGAAAAGGUACAUAAUAAACCUAAGAAAGAUAAUUUUGGUAAGAAAAGUACAAGGUUAAGAUCACUGAUAUUUGAUUUUUAUAUAAUAAAUAAUAAAUAAAGCACAGGACGAAAAAUAAUGGAAUUGCCAAUCGUACACGGCUUGCGUAUUGUUCAAUUUUCAGGCACAGGGCACAGGUAUGCACUCUAAGUAAAUGAGUAACUACUCUAGUUGAUAAAUGUUAUUAGGCCUACAUGAAAUGUAAUGAUCCUCGACAAAUUUCUUUUAAUUACUGCUGAUAUAAGAAUAAUUGAAUCCAGACUGACGUGUUGAGGUAAAUCAACAUCUUUAAGUCAUAACAUGCUUUGUAGCACUAAAUGAAUAGGUGAUAAAAACAAAUUUUAAGAAAUGAUGGUGUAGAAGUAUCAGGCAGCCCUUUCAAUAAAAAAGUUCCUUAACAGUUAUGUGAAAAAAUGUCUCCGGCGGGAUUCCAACCUGCUACAAGGCGAGCGUCAGGCCACGGUCACCUAUCUGUAUAUUCAUAGGUGUGUUGAAGUUUACUAUAAAGUCGCAACAUUUAUUUCAUUUUAUUUAUGACAUUCGGUAUACUUAUGUCAUGACAUCCUAUUGGCCUUUCUUUAUAGUAGCUAUCAAAUCAAUUAUGCAUUUAUUUUCCAUACAAUACAGUAAUACAGUAAAUAAGAAUGCAAAUUAAUAAAAAUACAUUGUAUGGAAGGAGGCUACAGUAAGUUCUAGUAGAGCUUUAAGACGUAGCCACCUUUAACAAAACAGUUGGAAAAAUGACCGGUACCAAUGAUUAGCUGUAUUUAAACUAAUAUAAUAACAAAAUGAUAUACCAAUAAAAUUAUAAUAAUAAUUAAUUAUAAUAAUUCCAAUCCAGUUUGAACACAAGAACACCAGACCAGACACAUUAUUUAAAGACUCAAAUAGAAAUGAGAGCAAGAAAAGAAAAAAAGAUAAUUAAUUAAUUACCGUACACCGAGACCACAGACUUUUUUAAAAUGAUAUUUAAAACUAUUCAAUGUAAAUUUAUUUUUUAGGUCAUCAGUAAUAUUAGCCCAUAAUUUAGGACCCCAAAAUAGAACUGAAAAACGCCUGAUAGUAGAUGUGCACGGAGUACGAGAAGUAUAAUUGAUGCUAGAAAAUCUUGUAUUAUAUUGAUGAUGUUCAGAUGCUCUUGUAUAAAGAUUACUGAUGUUGGGUGGUAAAGUAUUAUGCGAUAAACGAUACAUAAAAGCAGCAGUUUGGAUUUUAUUUAAAUCAUAUACAUGUAAAACAUUAAAGUGAUAAAAAAAAAAGGUGUUUGGUGUGAGCUCUAAAAGAAUCACCUGAGCAAAUCCGAAGGGCUCGUUUUUGAAGAAGAAAAAUGCAAUCGACGUUAGUCGAUUCAAAGCUGGACCAGGGACAUAAAGUUUCAAACUUAUUUAAAGUGAUUCCCCAUGCAAUAUUGCAAUAAGAAAUAUAAGGUAGUACUAAAGUAUUAUAUAAGGUUAAAAAAAUUUUUGAUGGAAAAUAGUGCUUAAGCUUGUUUAGAAUACCAAUGUUACGUGCAAUAAUAUUGGAUACCUGGUUGACAUGCGGUUUCCAAGAAAGUUUGGAAUCAAUGGUGACACCCAAAAAUUUAGUCUCGUUUA